CUGUCUCCGCAGUAGCAGCGCGGACUGGAGCUCCGUCAUUCUCUCCCGCCGGUGCCCGGGGAGGGGAGUCUGGGGCGGUGGAGGAGGCGGAGGAGGAAGCGGCGGCGGCGACGCUGCUCCUCCUCUUGCUGCUGCUGCUGCUGCUAUCGCCGGGUUAGAGCCAGCCGGCGAGUGCUCGUCCCUCCACGCUCACGCCGACCCCGCCGCCGCCGGGGGCCUUCCCGUCCUCUCAGCGCCGCCGCCGCCGCCACAGCAGCGCCUGGCGAGUCCCACGGCUGGGGGGCGGGUGGGGGGAGAGGGAGGGGAGAGGGGGAGGGGGAAAGAGCCGCCCCUGAGGAGAUUCUGAGGCGGUGGCGGGCGACGGGUGGGGGUGGGGAACCGGCGGAAGAGGAGGGGUCCCUUCAGCCCUGAGGCGGCAGCUCGCGCCGCGUCGGCUCCCUGGCGCCAACCUUCCCCUUAGGCUUUUUCUCCUCCUCCUUCUUCUUUUCAAAUAAUUUUUCUUUUCUUUUAAUGCCCCCUUCACGGAAUUUCACUGCACUCGGGCGCCGCGGCGCGCAGGCGCACUGCUCAGCCCUUUUCCCGCGCAGGCGCACUGCGCCGUUUCUCUCUCCCUCAGUCCUCCUCGUUUCUUGUUCUUUCUCGUGUGAUGAUUGCCCCCGCCCACAAGGGAGGGAGGCACCCGCCAUGUUUGGAAGGUCGAAGCCAAUGCGGGGUGGGAGGGAGGCGCUGGAGACUAUUAGAAGGUUUUCUGUUUUCCGAUAAGCUCGGCGCCAUCUUGGGAAGGGCAGAGCCGUCCUGACUGACUUUUCUAACCCUAAAAGUUCGUAAAAGAGGAAAGGGGGGGAGAGAAUUUGUUAUUCCUCUUCUUGCCUCUGUACAAAGCGCACACGUCUCGUCGAUAUAUGUAGAUAUACGCAUAUUUAUGAUAAGUCCUUUAUCUGGGCCGAUUCGUGUGUUAUAAAAGUUGUCUGUCUCACACACACAUUGAGGCUUUCAAACAACCCUCAGGUCGCGUGUUUGACUGUGAUUUAUUCAGUCGCCACAUAUCUGGAAUUGCCGCCCUUUUUGAACACCUAAGAUGAGGAAAGCAACUUAAAAUGUUUUUAAGUACAAGAACAAACAUGAUGUUAGAUUGGCUUAAUUAAAUGGAUUAAAAUAAGUACUGUUUUUAGAAAAUUAAAUAAAAGUUUUAAAAUUCGAAGGCAAAGUUAAAAAACAACAACCCUAAAUUAAUUAUUUGAUGUAUUUUUAUAAAGUUGGACAGUGAAGAAAGCAGAUAAGAGAAAAAUCAACUCAUUUGAAAUGUGGUGUUGGAGAGCUUUGCGCAUACCAUGGACUGCGAAAAAGACAAAUAAUUGGGUGUUAGAACAAAUUAAACCAGAACUGUCACUAGAAGCUAAAAUGAUGAAACUGAGGUUAUCGUACUAAGGACACAUAAUGAGAAGAAGUGAUUCUCUAGAAAAGACCAUAAUGCUGGGAAAAACAGAAGAGAGUAGAAAAAGAGGAAGGCCAAACAAGAGAUGGAUUGAUUCCAUAAAGGAAGCCACAGACCUGAACUUACAAGAUCUGAACAGGGUGGUUCAUGACAGAUGCUGUUGGAGGUCACUGAUUCAUAGGGUCGCCAUACGUCGAAAUCGACUUGAAGGGGUGCUUAUAGACAUACAGAAAUACUUCACUUUGAGAGACAGCAGCGCAGGCUUGUUACACACAGUUUUCGUCCUCUGUUUCUUGCUGGCGGCCCCAGGUUUUGGAUAUCUCGGUGACAGAUACAACCGCAAAAUCAUCCUGGGUGCUGGAAUCAUCCUCUGGUCAGGCGUUACCCUUGGCAGCUCAUUUAUCCCUGAAUCAAUGGACUGGCUGUUCUUUGUUUCGCGGGGCCUGGUGGGUGCUGGCACUGCCAGUUACUCCACUAUAGCUCCCACCAUCAUUGCUGACCUCUUUGAGAAAGACCACAGGACUUGGAUGCUGUCGCUCUUCUAUAUCUUCAUACCGGUUGGAAGUGGACUAGGCUACAUCUUGUCAUCUGGAAUGGCGGCUGCUACUGGCCACUGGAACUGGGGAUUCAGGGUUACCCCUUGUAUGGGAGCUGUAGGUUUGGUUUUCCUAGUUCUCUUGGUUCCUGAAUCACCCCGGCAUGGAACUGAGAACCCUGUCGCUGAUGAAUGCGGAGGGGACUCAACCUGGCUCAAAGACAUUUCAUCUCUUUGCAAAAACUGGAGUUUUUUAUGGUCCUCACUAGGUGUGACGGCCAUGUCCUUCGUCAUUGGGGCUCUGGGUUUCUGGAUGCCGGUGUUCCUUUCCAGAGCUCAGAUCGUCCUUGACCUUGUCUCUCCAUGUCAACAGGAACCAUGUGACACCUCUAACAGCCGGAUAUUUGGAGGAAUGACUAUUGCAACAGGCAUUUUGGGGGUCGUUGUUGGAGCAGAAGCUGCCAGAAGAUUCAAGAAGAUUAACGCGAUGGCUGACCCUCUUAUCUGUGCUCUGGGCUUGCUAACUUCAACUCCAUCCAUGUAUCUGGCAAUCAUGCUGGCUCAGGAAAGCAUUGUGGCAACAUAUAUUUUUAUUGCCCUUGGAGAAUUUCUUUUAUCUUUAAACUGGGCCCUUGUGACUGAUAUUCUGUUGUACGUUGUGAAGCCAACACGCCAAUCCACAGCGCUGGCUCUGCAGAUAUUCGUUAGCCAUUUGUUGGGUGAUGCCGGCAGCCCCUAUCUCAUUGGAAUCAUCUCCAGUGUGAUCCAGAAGAACCAGGCAGAAUCGUCUUCCUUCUGGUCCUUCCGCAGCCUGCAGUACAGCUUUGUUCUGUGCAUUUUUAUUGGUGUUCUCGGGGGAGGAUGUUUCCUUCUGACAGCCCUCCGCAUUGAAGAAGACAGGAUAAAAGCUGCCCCACCAGCCCCGGUCCAAGGCACAGAAAACAAAAGUUAUGUCCUGCAUGAAGAAGAACUCGGAGGUGAACCUCCUGCACUCUAGAACAAUCUCCUCCCCUUUGCGAAGACACUCUCAUUGGAAGAAAAAGGCCUGAAUGGUACCAACACAUCCUCCAUCUGGUGAGGGAGAGGAGACGCUUCUGUGACUGACUUGGGAGUGUGGCAUUCAAACCGUGCGCUGAACCUGAUGGCAACCCUCCACCCUCGUUUCUCAAAGUGACAUCAGAACCUGCCAAGGAAUCUGGUGACUGCAGAUGCCAAGAACAUAGCCAAGUCAUUCACGUGAGGACUCUUCCUACAUAAAACAUAACCGGUGGUAACUGGUGGACGUGGCACAUGCCUGUCUUCCAUUCCAAUUGACUUGGCCCAUGUCAGCUACUUCUGCAGGGUCUGUAUUUCAAGGACCAAGCUCAAGUUUGGCAUGGUGAUGUUUACAAGUUCAACCCUGGUGGCUUGGGGUUAAAUAGAUCUUGAGAAGAAAAGCUGGGGCAGACCUUUGCCUGACACCUUGGAGAGGUUUGAGUGUUGCCAGGUAGUGGCGAACAGAAAUCGCCCACCUUUUCAGGCCUGUGGGCACAUUUGGAUUUUUGAGCAAGUGCCAUGGGUGCCACCCACACCGGCCACUUCUGGUAGAAUUAAUCUCCACCUUGAAAAGUACAUAGAGUAGAAAGAGGAAGUGGGAAAGAGUGUCACUCUUCCAACUUCCUCUUUCAGCUUUUCAAGGGAGAAAAGGGUAACUACCCCCACCAACGAGAGGGCAAUGAGGGGUGGGUGGACUCAGACAUUUUGUGGGCACCAGGGGAAGACCUUGUGGACACCAUGCUGGUGACUUCUGGCCUAGGAUGAGUCGUUGCUCAACUUAAUUGGUUUUUUUCUUUGACUUUCACUUUCCAUUGUUCUGCCCAAAUUCAGUCUGUUGACAUCACCUCCAUUAACAGCAUCACCAAACUAUGACCUUUCCUCUGUGCCCCGUUGGUGAAAACUCUUGUCCCUAUCCUGGUCAUAUCUUGCCUUGACGAGAGAUGGAUGAUGUCAAUUUUAGUUUCUCUCACUUUCUUAUUUUUUCAGUCUUAAGCAUUAGU